AUGGCUGUCCAUUAUGAAACACUUAAUAAUAAAUAUCAGAGAUAUAUCAACACAUGGGAUGAAAUUUACAGAAUAAAUUCAGAUCAAAAAAGUUUAACAAACGGAUUAUUCAACGAUAUCAAGGUUAACUUGAUUGAUACUGGAUAUUUUACUGCACAAGAGAUAAUUGGCAAGAUAAAAGUAGUUAGUGAAACUCGUUUAUGUUAUCGUCAUGCGUAUAUAGAGAUUAUGAAAAAAUUGUCUGAAGAAUAUCAUUGCGAAAACAGUUUGAAUAUUUCAUUUCUUUCUGAAUAUGAUAAUGUCAUUAAAAAUACCUAUAAAGAGGCAAUAUUAAAUGAUGAUGAAGAAGCUUUACGACAAUUCUUAAAAAGUGAAAAAAUUGAUCUUAGUGAAUUACUUGAAAGUUGCUGUUUAAAUGGCGCAAGAUUUUGUUUUGAGUUAUUAAGAACAGGAUAUAAUGUGAGAAUCACCAAAAAAUGUCUUGACGAAGCAAUUAAAGGACAAAGUAAAUAUAUCAUUGAAAAAUGUUUGAAUGAACAAACACCUGAUACAUCUCCAAUUGAAGCUGCAAUUGCAUCUCAUAAUUCAGGUAUUAUUAUGAGAUUGAUUACUGAUUACAAGAUACAAAUUUCCGGAUUUCACAUGCCAAUACUACCUCUAUGUCAUAAAUAUCUAAAUCUUGAGGUUUUUCUUAUUUAUUUACUUGAAUAUCAUGAUAUCAAUGGGUGUUUGGUAUUUUCUCCAGUUUAUCAUAUUAGAGAUCUUUGUAAAUAUUUGUAUGCUAAUGGCGGAAACAUCAGAGCGUCAGAUCCGGAUGGUGGAACAGCUCUUCAUUUGGCAAUUACUGAAAAUCAAACAGACAUUGCAAAAGAUUUUAUUUCAUUUGGAAGCGAUAUUGAAGCAUUGGAGAAAAUAUUAGGACGUCCACUUAAUGUUGCCGUAUCUGUUAAUAAUUCUGUUUUGGUGGAGUUACUUGUUUCACAUGGUGCUGAUAUCAACAUUCAUGAUCCAAAAAGUAAUUUUUCAUUGCUUCAUACAGCAACCAUAUUUAGAAAUAAAAAAGUUAUUGAAUUUCUAAUUAAACAUGGUACAGAAAUAAAUGAAAAUUCAAACAGAUAUGGUCUCACUCCUCUUAUGUUGGCAUCACUUUUGAAUUAUAAAGAAAUUGUUCAAUUUCUUAUAUCCGAUGGCGCUAGAAUCAGCGUAACAGAUAAAUUUGGAAAUAAUGCUAUUGCUUAUGCAUUAUUGUAUAACAAUAAAGAGUUCAUGGAGAUAACUCUGAGACGUUUUAACCAAGUGUUUGAGUAUCUUGAUUAUAUAACUUUUGAUUUGAAAAGCAGCAACAAUGAUUUAAUUGCCCUUCUACUUUCAAAAGGUGUAAACAUCAUUGGACAAAACAUUCAUGGAAAUACACCUCUGCAUAUAGCAGCAUUAAUGUCUAAUAAGGAAAACGCCGAACUGAUAAUUUCUCACGGUGCCGAUAUAAAUUCUUUAAAUGAGAAUGAACAGACUCCCCUUGAUAUUGCUAUUAUGCGUGGUCGGAAAGAGUAUAGCCGCGAGGUUUCUGAUAUUGACAAUGAGGAUAACCAAGCUUUACUUGAUUUUUUGGAGAAGAAAAGCGAAAUGGUAGCUUUAUUUACCAUGCGUGAUGCAAGUUCUUAUUCUAACAAGGAGUUCAAAAACAAUGAUAUCUUAGAAAUAAUGUUCGAUUACUUCUGGGGGAGAUAUCAAAUUGGUAACCCCUGUGUAAAAACUGUUUUAGUAUUUUUGGGUGUCGCCUUCACAAUGUGGAAAAUAGCAGGAACAUUUUCUAAUCGCUUAUUAAGGUUGAUUUUCAAAACAAUUGGAUUGGUAUUUAUUGGGCAAGUUUUGAUUCAUAUAUUCAGCAUUUCAGCUGAUAUCAUAUUGCAUUAUUUUGAUAAAUCUAUUUUUUGGUAUUGA